AUGAAGGUUCACCCGGAAACUGUUCGUAGAGCACUCCACACUGCGGGCUUGGAGGUUAUUAUCGAGAAGGAAAAGAAGCCUUUGCUUAGUGACGCUAAUGUCAAGAAGAGACAUGCGUGGUGUAAACAGCACAAGGACUGGACUGUUGACGAUUGGAAACAUGUUAUUCGGACAGACAAGACCAAAAUUAACCGUUUCAACUCAGAUGGACCACAGUGGGCCUGGAUUCGAUCUGGUGAACAGCUUCAAAACCACCAUGUCAAGCUCCUCACAUAUGCUGGUGUUGGCUGGAUGUGCAAGAUAAAUGGUAAUGUGGAUGAGGCACUCUACAAGGAGAUUCUGCAAGGCAAAUUGGAGCAGACUAUUACUUUUUCCAUCGAUAAAUUUGGCUUCCGCCGUGAACAAGUGAUAUUCCAGCAAGACGAUGAUCCCAAACACACGUCAAAUUUGGUCAAGGGUUACCUUCAGGAACAAUCAUACCAGGUCAUGGAGUGGCCCCCACAAUUUCCUGACUUGAAUCCCAUCGAAAACAUGUUGGCUUUGUUGAAAAGGCGUCUCAAUGAGUAUGAAACCGCAACCUAG